AUGAGUCACUAUCCAAUUACGAGAAAUAAUAAUGUUGGGCCAAAUGGUGAUACGCGGCAGCAACAGCGUACGGAACAUCGAAUAGGCAACAUUCAUACUGGAUAUUUAACUAUAAUUGCAUACAAUCAAUAUUGGUAUCAUUCCUAUAUCAACGCUCAAACCGAUCACAUAAAUCAGCAAGCCUUACUACUUCAAAACGAACAAAUGGAUGCUGUGCGCAGCGUCUUGAAUCAAAUAUUGGAUACAGUUGAACUUCAAAAUAAUUAA